AUGGUUACGGUUCAUCAUUCAUCGCCAACCGUCCACCGUAUCAACAAACGUUAUUAUGACACGUGGGAUUCAAGAAAUGAUGCUAGCAACAGUGGAAAUGAUGAACCUGUCAGAAAUUUUCUGUACUCACAAAAAGGUUAUAAAAAACAAGAUCCAUGUGCAAAUAAGCCAUUAUGGUAUUUGAAAUAUCAAGCACGUCUUGGCAAAUUAUCACCAUUUUAUGAUUGUCUUAGUAAUCAUGGCAUAUAG